AUGAAUCAAUCUUAUUAUUGUAGUAGGUGCGGAAAUCAAGGCAAUGAUAUAACAAGCUGCUUGAUUUGUGCUACUAAUUUAUGUUCACGUUGCCUGAGUUGUGCUGGUUAUUGUCCGGAGUGUACAGCAAAAUUUAAUUGUCCUGCAGUAAUCUGUGUUGUUUGUAAGAAUAAAGAAGAAAAAUUAUAUCAAUGUGUUGUAUGUAAGUACCCCGCAUGUAAACGGUGUGUAUCUAGUGGAUUCCUUAAUCGACCUACUGCUGUGGUUUGUAGAAAAUGUCAAUUACCAUCUCAUUUUAUGUUUUCUUGCUCUCGAUGUGGAAGAAUGAUUCAAGAUGAAAGAGCACUAUACUAUUGUGAGAAUUGUGCCGAUACGAUAUGCAGUGAUUGUGUUCCUUUUUCUUUUGAGUGUGGAGUAUUAAAGUGUUUAACUUGUUGCUCAUCGCCUAUUCGGCGCUCAGACUAUAGUAGGACUCGAUCUAUACUGGAUGAUGAAUUAAAGAGUAUUGUUUUAUCUAUUAGUAGUAAUAGUAAUUAUAAUAAUAAUAAUAAUACUACUACUACUACUAAUAAUAAUAAUAAUAAUAAUAAUAAUAAUAAUAAUAUUGCGAAACUAUCAAAGUAUAGGUCAUUACGCAAAUGUGAAAAGUUAGGUGAAGGUGGACAGGGUGUUGUAUACAAAUGUAUGACAUUCGAUAAUGAGGUAGUAGUAUCGAAAGAGAUGAGUUUUGCUAAUGAAGAUCGUGCUCUAUAUAAUGCACGACUCUUGCAAGCUGAAAAGAUGCGAAAACUCUCACAUAAACAUCUUAUACGAUACUUAGAUGUUUUUGGUACUGAACAUCCACUGAAAAUCAGUGUAAUUAUGCCAUAUUACUCUGAAGGUGACCUAUUUAAAUUUAUUAGACGACAACGUAGAGCAAUUGAAGAACAUAAACUUUGUUCUAUCAUUCUUCAAAUAGCUACAGCUCUUAGUUAUCUUCAUUCACAAAAACCACCAUUAGCUCAUCGUGAUAUUAAACCGGAUAAUAUACUACUACUUAACCACGAAGAACAAGUCUUACUGAUGGAUUUAGAUCUCUGUAGUUCAUGCGAUACACAACCGAGUGCAGCUUCUAUGGUACUUAACGGACGACGAGAUGCCUCACCAACGUUUGAAUAUCGAGCACCUGAGAUGGCACACUCCACAGGUUCAACAAAAUCAGAUAUAUUUAGUUUAGGUGUUGUGGCAUUUGUGUUAGCAACACUUCCCGAGUUUGCAAUGUUACACAACAGUAAAGGAGCCACAACGGUGUUAAGUGACUCGGACUGGACGAAGGAAACUCUUGCAGAAGCCGUUAGACGAGCUAUUCGUCUUCAUACAAAACAAUAUUCAGAUUCUCUCAUUAAUCUUAUUAUUCAGAUGUUGAUGCAUGAUCCUUCAUUGAGACCCAUGGCAAUAGAUGUCGUGACGGAAUUAACUACAAUUAUGGAAAAUCGUUUACUGGGGUCUCAUAGGUGA